GUACGUAGUCGAGCACGUUUAUAAAAAUAAGAUACUUAAAUUAAUUUAAAUCUUAGUACAUAUAUUAUUUUAUACAAGAAAAUUGGCUACAUCUAUAAUACAAAACCAUUUAUUAUCGAAGUUUUCAAGUCCUACUUCCUUAUAAAACACUUGAAAUGGAAAAAAAUGAAAGUGAAAAGCCGGUAAAGCUAAUGCGAUUCAAACGAUACCAUUGUCAUACGUGUGGUAUUUUUACAAACUCCGCUAAUCAAUAUACACAACAUUUGGAAGGAAUCCGGCAUAAACAGCGACUAAUAAGCAAAUCUGCGGAGAGCGACACAAACUGGGUUGGUUCUGAUGAUGGUUUCAAUUCCGGUUUUUACAUUCCUGCCUUGCUCAUUACUUUAUUUACUGCCUUUACGUUCUUCUAUAUUUGUGAGAUGUUAUUGGGUAACUGUAAAUAAUUAUAAUAAAGUAUCUCAUUAACGACGUCUUAAAUUUCGCGCCAUAAUUUUAAUUGGUGGAGAAGUCGUCCCCAAGCGUUCACGGCUUCUAUGCGCACGAACGAACGCGCAGAACAAUGAGGUAGCAGCCAUUUUAUGUCGCUGGCUAAGAAAAACAUAAUUCGAAUGGCCAAUCUUAUCGGAAUUGUGUAAUUAGUGUUCUAAUUUAUGUGUUUCUGCACACGCCACUUUUGUUAGACGUUUCUUCAUAUAAGUUGGGGCAGGGUAGCCGCGAUGGGGUGCAGCAGGCACCAUUAGCUUUCCAGCGCAUUGGGGCGUGGGGGGCGUGGCACGGGGCGUGGGCGUCCCCGUGCCGCCCCCCGGCGACCUCCUGGCCACCAUCUCCAUGUUCGAGCAGCAGAUCAAAGCUGAGCCUAUGAAUUUCUACACAUCACAUUCACAUAUAAACACCGGUCCGCCUACAAUAGUCCGUUCAGAUUCACAUGGCAUCAUUAUGAACCAGCAUCUUCCACAAGAGGACUCCAAAGACAGCCUCAUACAACACCAAGUACACCAACAGGAGCUGCUGGAACAGCACCAACAGGAUAUGCAACAUGAACAGGAUGAUGAUGAUGUUGAUAAUCUAAGUUUCAAAGGUAUGGAUGAUGAAGGCGUUGAAAUGGACAUGGACGGACGGCAAUGCUCUCAGGGUAUGGGUGUCGAUUUGGGAUCGGUUCAGACGAAGAUGGAAGUGUCUAACGGUCAAGGUGUGCCACGAUCUAAACCUCAAGCUUGUAAGGUUUGCGGCAAAGUGUUGUCAUCAGCGUCUUCGUAUUAUGUCCACAUGAAACUACACUCGGGCAACAAACCUUUUCAGUGCACGGUAUGCGACGCAGCGUUCUGCCGCAAGCCAUACUUAGAAGUGCAUAUGCGCACGCACACAGGAGAAAGACCUUUCCAAUGCGAUCUAUGUCUCAAGAGAUUCACGCAGAAGUCCAGCCUCAAUACGCACAAACGUGUACACACCGAUGAGCACCUUCGCGCGUUGAUGGUGAAGGAGCGGCCCUACAAGUGUGACCUCUGUCAGAUGCGCUUCACGCAGAGCUCCAGCCUCAACCGCCACAAGAAAAUACACACGGAGGAGCACAGACGAGCCCUGUUAGAGAAAGUGCGGCCGUACCAGUGCCACAUCUGUUUUAUGCGCUUCACUCAGAAGUCCAGCCUUGGCCGACAUGGAAAGAUACACACGGAGGAGCACAUCCAAUCGCUGAUCAACAAAGUGCGCCCCUAUCAAUGCGACAUCUGUGACAAGCGCUUCACUCAGAAGUCCAGCCUGGGCACUCAUAAACGUAUACACACCGGCGAGCGGCCCUUCCAGUGCACCGUCUGCCUCAAGUCCUUCACGCAGAAGUGCGCGCUCAAUUUGCACGAAAAAAUACAUACGGUGCAAGGGCGUCCAUUCGCGUGCGGGCUUUGCCCGGCGGCGUUCGCCCGUCGCCCCUACCUGGACAUUCACAUGCGCACGCAUACAGGCGAGCGGCCCUAUCAGUGCGACGCGUGUCUGAAGCGCUUCACGCAGAAGUCCAGCCUCAAUAUCCAUAGACGGACGCACACAGUCCAGGGCAGACCGUUCCAGUGCCUGUCGUGUCCCGCGGCCUUCACCUGCAAGCAAUACCUGGAGAUUCACACGCGGACGCACACGGGUGAGCGGCCGUAUCAGUGCGACAUCUGCCUGAAGCGCUUCACGCAGAAGUCGAGUCUCAACAUUCACAAGCGGACGCACUCAGACCGGCAUACAGUGCAGGGCCGGCCCUUCCAGUGUCUGCAGUGUCCGGCGGCCUUCACUUGCAAGCAGUACCUUGAGAUCCACAAUCGCACGCACACGGGCGAGCGGCCCUACCAGUGCGACGUGUGCCUCAAGAGAUUCGCGCAAAAGUCUACGCUGAACAUACACAAAAGAACGCACACGGUGCAAGGGCGGCCGUAUCAGUGCAUGGAGUGCCCGGCGGCGUUCACUUGCAAGCCCUACCUGGAAAUACACAUGCGCACGCACACAGGCGAGCGGCCCUUCGAGUGCGAUGUCUGUUACAAACGCUUCACGCAGAAAUCUACCCUCAACAUUCACAAGCGCAUUCAUACCGGGGAACGCCCCUACGCAUGUGAUAUAUGUCAGAAAAGAUUCGCUGUGAAGAGUUAUGUUACGGCUCACAGGUGGUCUCACGUAGCGGACAAGCCGCUAAGUUGCGAGCGUUGUUCAAUGACAUUCACGUCCAAGUCUCAAUUCGCGUUGCACAUUCGUACGCACGCGGCCGGACCUUGCUACGAGUGUAGCGUGUGCGGUCGCACGUUUGUACGGGACAGCUAUCUUAUACGUCAUCACAAUCGCGUGCACCGCGACAGCCACAGUAAUAUGUCUGCUAAUAGUGGCGUCAUAAGCAACGCUGGUGGGGCUGGAAAUUCCGGCAACUAUGACUCGCCAGGCGUCUGCGAUUUGAGCUUCGUGCCUAUGGUGAACCGUUACCUGACGUCACAGGGCACACAAGUGUCGCUUGACGGCUCCACCAAGAUGUCAGCCAUGUCACCACAGUCCAUCGCUUCUAUUUCGUCCCCCCCUCCGUCGCACACACCUACCCCCCAGCCCCAACAGAUGACGUCAGGGAUGCGACUCUCGGACUGAUCCCUUCUGCAUAUAGCUCUCGAUUGAAGUCCGUAGCCGCAAGUGCAAUAAGGCCAGGAGCAGCUACACACACUUAUUAUAUUAUAUUUAUUUAUACAUUAUGUAUGUAUGGUCGGCCGUCACUCGUUAACGGAUGGAGAGGAUCCCUCGGGCCGAGCACGUGUCGGGUUUAGUCAGUAGGGCUGCUACGUUUUACUUUAUUGCUUUAACCAACUUCUAAAAAGGUUUAGGUAUGUAUGUCAUAGAGUUGGAAUUGAAAAAUACUAUAAUGUGAUCUUUUUAUGUAUGUCUACGAAAUAAUGUCAAGGAUAUUCCAACUUAGUGGUUAACAAGUUUCAUGAAAAUCUGUUCAGUAGUUUUUAGAUAUGUCGAAAUUUGUUUUAUAUUCAUUGUUUGUAAUAAUAGGACAAACACUUCAUUGUUCUAUCACCAAUAGACAAACCUCUAUAGAAUAUUUGGUAAUUGAAAAAUAGAUAUUCUUAAUGUUAAUCUCGCUGAUAAGAAUGACAACGCAUGGUCACGUGACCAUGCCCCCUAGUAGUAGCAGCCCUAGUAGUCAGUAGUGUGGUAGCGGUACCGCCUGGUACGUAUUGUGAUCGUUUAUCCGCUGUGAUUUAUCUACCAUCACUCGUGGUGGGAAACAUGAAUCGUUACUUAAAGUUUCAUAGAUUGUAGGCCUAAAUUUUUGAUCUCAUAUUCUUAUUUGCUUAGUAAUAAUAUCUUUCGGAAUUGUUAAUGGUAAAUCCAGAAAUUCUAAAUUUGUGGUCACUCGCUUGUCAUCCCCUGUAACGUGCGACAAGUGCACAAUUGAUAUCUGACAGUUGACAGUUGACACUUGACAGGUACUCAAAUCACAGACAUUUUUUACUUAUACGAAUCGAGUUUUUCUUGUCUGCAAAUUGGAAUCUCUAAAAAAGCGGUGAAAAAGUAUUUUUGUAGGAAAACUUUAUGGGAAUAAUUUUGUAUUGGAAAUUGUGCACUUGUUACGCGUGUCGUACGUGUUAGAGUAGUGGAAUAAAUCUUAUUGCGAUGCUUUAACUUAGAUGUCUGUAAAUGAGUAAUUUUAUAGAACUGUUACUGAGAGGUCGAAUAUUUUGAUCGCUGGAGGCCGAUGGGCAUUUAAUGAACAGAAUUCAUAUGAAGAUAAUAAUUACGAGUACAAACGUUUGAACCCGCACUCAGGGGCAAUAAGAUGGAUUCACAAAAUUAUCUUUUAAUAUGAUGUUUAUUGGAGUAAUCCAGAGAAGUGCCUGUUGCAACAUAAAAUUGGCAAUAUUUUUUAAUAGUAUUUCGUUGGUAGGAGUCACGUACGGUGUUCACGGUCACUGUAGAGGCGUUAGAACCCGUGUUCUGUGUUCUCGAAGCUUCUCUUUGUGUGCCUUCUAGCAGUUAGCGCGGUUAGGCGAUAUACUCGACUCCGUUUCAUCGUUUCGCGUUCAUGCUCGAUCUCUUUUCCUUCCGUUCCCCGUCUCGGGACAGUCGGCGUAAUAGGGUUACGAAUAGUUGUAUAGCGGUAGUCUUCCAAUUCCUUGAGACGACGUGCAGUGUCCGCUGCGGGGGUUCCUUUGGGUUGCCAUUGUAAUAUCAAAGAUAGAUUGGUGCCAUUUCGAUGUACAUGCGGUAGGCGUAAGUGUAUAGUUAAGUUCGCCGGUCAGGGUAGAGCAGAAAUAAAAUAUCGUAUCUCCACGAAUCUCGGUUCCCGCCGCUUUCGGUCGGCGAUGCGAUGUUUUAUUUCCGUGUUGUGUCCAAGUGAAGGUCAAAAUUGUAAAUAUUCGUAGGGUUUAUUUAUUCGAUUGUCGUGGGAGUGAUGAAUCAAAAUUUUAUUGUGAAAAAUUAAGUUUUCGUAGAAUCGUAGUUCUACGAGCCUAGGUCGAACUGAAGCUAUAAUAAUGGAAGUAAUCGUAGAGUAUUAGGUCAGAAGUAUACUUUCGUAUUUAAAGAUCGAAAUUUCCUCGUAGAGAUACAUAAUAAUAAAUAUAUACAUGCGAAUGUUGUUUGAUAGUCCUAAAUAUUUUUUUAUUUUGAUAGUUCUGUAUUUUGAAACACGAGAAAAUAAGCCAAUAUCAUUUAUCAUUUAUAAAUAAAUACUAAAUAUUGAUAUGUAUGUACUUUAGACUAACUUACGUAUGCAUUUAGUCGCCCAGGUGAAAGUAAUAGAGAUAACAUCCAAAAUAAUUUACCGAGUCUUUUCUAAAAUAACGUCUUUAUUAAGUUUUUACCAAGCCAUUGAGAACAGUAUUAUUUAGAGAAACUAGAUGUUCCAUAAUUCGGAUAGUGUUUAUCUAUCCUCUACCAACUUAGUGAUCACCAAUGAAGAAUAUUAUUUACCUACGAUAUAUAUUUAGCGGCAGCAUCGGGAGCUCUGAGCGAUGUUGUGAAACCAUAGUUUACGUGAAUGGAAUAGAGACACCAACAUAGUGAACUAGUACAUAAAGUAUAUACUUAUAAAUGUAUAUUAUCGUGUGUCCGCUCCCCGACGCUCCGCAAGGAUGGCACUCCUAUCUUAGAUUUAGUAAUAUAUUUUUGUUAUAUGUUCUUGUCUUUAUCGUGGUUGUUUUUAUUAUUGCUUCGCUGCGGUGUCACCCUGGCCGAGUCGGGAGGGAGGCGGAGUAUAGAGAGCGGUCCUUCUUCGUUACGACAUGUAACUCUAUAUUUACAACCCUUACUUGUGUAUCGAAAGGGAGAGAUAUAUAUCGUAAGACGAGGGCCCUACUAACAGUUAGGAUGCACAAAUUUCACGAUGAUCCACAAAAGAUAUUUUUGCAGGCGAUUCUUUAUCGGGUCGGGAAUGUGUGCGUCUUCGCUGCCCCAACUAUUUUACAUACAAUACGAUGUUAGUUACUAAACUAGAGUGUAAUCGAAAUAUUUUUCAUUUACGUAAUGGUCAAAGUUGUCUUAGUUGUAUUUCCUACUUAUUUCCAACCGUAGAAAAGACUGAGUCGAUAUGGAUCCACAGUUUACACCGAGAAUACUCAAUGGGAGAAUUGGCAGAAGUUUAUAGGUUUGUUAUGUUUUGUUAAUAUCGGAGCGGUUGUGGUGUUGGACCAACCAGUUUCUUUGUAAAUCAUAAAAUUUUGUUAGGAAAUCGUACAUAUCUUAGCCGUUGAUGAUAAAUGUAUACCUAUAUCGGUUCGAGGCAGCGCUGGCCCUUCAAAAUCGGGUCGGUUCACCUCCAUGUGCCGGUUUAUUGAGCAACAGUGAGCCUUGUGUAAUCAUUAUGACUAAGGUACAUAAAUAUUUAGUUCUAUAGUACGUUAGAUUUACGCGAAUAUCUGCUUUGUCAACUUAUUGCGUUGCUUACAUUAUAAUCAUACGGAGUACAGCCUAAGGAUUUUAACGUUUUUUUAUAUACUGAGAGCUAUUUCUAAGUCGCUGAUUUUGUACUAUUUAUAGUUGUAUAAAAAUUAUAUCGGCUGUAAGCCAAAUUGAAGUUUUGGAGUGUUUUACAUACCUACUUUUAAUUCCUAUUUUAUUAAAAUUCACAACAAACAUCAUGGCAUGAUGCUUUUUCGCGGUCAUUUAGCGAUAGCUCUACAGAGUUUUAUUGACCAAUAUUUUUAACUGCAACUGUUUUUCUUUUAUUGUUAAAAUUUUUAGGCUAGUUAUAUUUUAUGACAUAAGUUAGGUUUGUUAACUGGUGUAUUACAUUGCACGUUAUUAUGCCUUUACAGCCUCAUUUUCAUAUUUAUUCUUAUUAAUUCUUGUAAGUACUCUGUUUCUAUUUGAUUUGAGUUUAUUUUGAUGAUACCCGAAAUGUACUAUUUAGAAUAUUACUAGUUCAGUCAUUUUAUACUUUUAUAAGUAGCAUUUUUAUAUUAAUUGCAACCGCAAGGUUUCCUUUUGACAUAUAUAUUUUACGUUGCCUCUUGGGACUGAAUUAUUUUAUAUUGAAGUUACAUUUUAGGUAUUAUCGUUUACAUAUGUUAUUUUAUACAUAUUCUUAUACAAAUUAUUAUUUAACGUUGAUUCUUUGAGAGUAUACCAUUACAAUUAAUGUAAAGAGGCUGUAAGGGAUACUAUGUAGUCAGCAUUAUGUAUAUGCUUUAAUGUGAUUUUUUAAAUGUACUCUUUAUUAUUAUUAGAAUCAUCAAUCAAUAUAAUUAGCGAACUAACAAAGCGAUUUUUAAUAAAUUUUUCAUUUCAUAGUGAUUUAUAUUUAGAUCAAAAUAAAUACAGAGUUUAUUUAAUUUUAUGAAAAGUAUACAUUGUAAAAUUAUUCGAUAGCGCUCGGUAUGUCGGGCCCUUAUUAAAAAAGAAAUUAUAUGAAUGCAAAAUAACGAGUCACGAUUCUUUUAGAAGUCGCCAUGUAGUGGAGAAAAAUAAACGUGCCAUGAUAUUUGUGGCUAAA